UCAUCCGGUUUACCCGGAAGUACGUUUCCCACCGUUGAACGAGGUGGACGUCAGUCUGUUAAACUGUCUGCUAGUCUAUCUCGCGGUUACCGGAGGCUGGAGAUAUGAUGGAGACGGGUUCGAGCAGCCACGGCGCCCCCCCCCUCCCCCAGUCGUCCCUCCGCCUCCUGGUCUCCCCGCUGCGCCUCCUAUUGUCCGCCGCCUGGCAGGUGGUCCAUCAGAGCCGCGUGCUGAGCUACGACGCGCUGGCCGACCUCGUGGCCGUCGUCACGGAGACGGUGCCCGAGCUGCUGGCGCCGAGCCAGAGGGCGGAGCUAGUCCUUGGGCUGAGGGCGAGGCUCAUCCUGGAGCUCUGCAAGGCCGACGGGCCGCCCGACCUCGUCAGGAUCCAGGCCAACCUGGAGAAGAUCCACGCCUGCAGCGCCCAGCUGGGCUCCCUCCACCAGGAGGGCGGGGUGAAGACCCUGGAGGCGUCCGCCAUCGCCUUCUCCCAGCUGGUCCUCCGGCUGAUCAGCGUCCCCUCGGAGAAGGAGAUCUUCCUCAAGGAGGUGUUCCCCGUGACGUACGGCCGGGUCUACGACCAGACCCUCAGACGGCUGCUGGCCGAGUUCCUCUCCAGAGUGGAGCAGCUGCUGCCCAACCCCACCCUCACCCAGACGGCGGCCUGGCUCCCUGACGGCCCCUCCGGACCAGAGUUCAGCCGCUGGCUGCCGGACCCCUCCCCCCUGGAGACGCUGCUGCUGCACCACCGGGGGCUGGGAGCCCUGGGCCACGGCCCGCCCCGCUAUGAGGAGGUGAACACCAUCAUGGCCGCGCUGGCACUGCCCCCCCCUGCCCGCGGCCCCCGACCGGAGGAGGGCCAGGACAGCGGGGACGGAGACGCAGACGGGGACGUCCUUUGCGGGGAGGAGGAGUCCCGGGACAGCUCAACGCGACCCAGCUGUAAGGAGCCGCCCAUCAAACCGACAGGCCACAGGCGGUCCCCCCGUCGCCAGCCCGCCUUCAAGAUGCUGAAGAUCAAACUCCACAAGAUCAGCCCCCCUAACAUCCCCCGAUUGACCAAACCCCCCAUCCCCAACCCCCCAUCCCAGAACCGGGGCGUCCCGUCCCCAAGCCCCGGGGGCGCCCCCCAGGAAGCGGAAGAAGGGGCGGAGCAGCCCCCCGCCGACAAGCCCAAGGGGCGAGACCGGCGGUUCCUGAGCGCGCGGCCGGAGAACCCGCCCCACACGGACGCGGAGACGCAGUGCCCGCGCUGCGGCAAGAGCUUCCUGCGGCCCAACCAGCUGAAGACGCACCUGAAGCUCCACGCGCUGCCCUACCGCUGCCUGCCCUGCGAGAAGGGCUUCGGCAGCAAGUCGGGCUACUACCAGCACCAGCGGCUGCACAGGAAGGGGCGGGCCUUCCCCUGCGGCCACUGCCCGCUCAGCUUCCUGUGCCGCUACUCCCUGCGGCAGCACGAGCGGACGCACACCGAGGGCCCCACCCACCUCUGCCCCGAGUGUGGCAAGCGCUUCAGCAAGGUGAGCAUGGUGCGGCACAUGCGCAUGCACGCCGGCCAGAAGGACUUCCUGUGCCCGGCGUGCGGCAAGAGCUUCCUGUCGUCGGGGGAGCUGCUGCUGCACACGCGCACGCACACGCGCGACACGCCCUACACGUGCACGCUCUGCGGGAAGGGCUUCACCACCAAGAGCCACCUGGUGGUGCACGGCCGCUCGCACUCGGGCGAGAGGCCGUACCCGUGCGCCAUCUGCCCCAAGAGGUUCAUCACGGUCAGCUGCCUGAAGAGGCACAUGCUGAGCCACGACGGGGUCAAGCCCUUCAGCUGCCCCCGCUGCCCCAAGGAGUUCUCCCAGAUCGGGAACCUGAGGAGGCACAUGGGCACCCACCCGCCGCCCCCGCCCCCGCACGAGGGGGUGACGGGAGACACGUGAGCACCUGCCAUCUCCGUCAGAGCACCCUAUGGGAGACCCGUGAGCAACCCCCUGCUCCCGAAAGAGCAGCUUAUGGAGACACAAGACCACCCAGUGGGUGCCACCCAGCCAUCAACAGCAGGAGAGCCCCCCCCCCCCUGGUGUCGGACCCCCCCCCACAGGGUUCCCUGAUAUGCCAAUGAGGACACGUGAAGGACUGGGUAUCGCUACUGGAAUCGAAUCACUAAACGUUUCGAUUCCGAUUCACAAGGUUCGGAUUUGACUUAAUAUCCGAUUCGAAAUCGAUUUGGUCAGGAAUAUUUCCGUUGCAAUAGCAAUUUCGCUUGGAUAUGAACUACAUUAUCAUAGGUCUAAUGCUGUACAUAGUACAAGGAACCCUCUAACCUGGUGCAUUAUUAAAAAUAUGAAUGUUUACAUUAAGAAUUGACCCCAAAGCAGUUACAUGAAUUUACUUCUAUUAUUAAACAUGACCAACAGCCUGACUUAUAUUAUAUAUUAUCUGUAUCUGUACAGAAAUCAAGUACUGUAACAAGGCAUGUAAUGAAUGGACAGGACAUAAUCUGAGCUGAUCAGAGCAGCAUCCAGGGAUAGCUCGAGAUCCAUGAACAGGUUAUUAAAUCCUAUAUAUGAUUAACCAUGUAUACAUGUCCAGUGUAUUAAAAACAACUUACAAUUUUUUACCAAAUAAUUGAGUUUGUGCCCGAAACAGCCAAUGUGCAACAGCGCAAUAAAUUCCACACGGACCAUGUUCCCAGCUGAUAUGAAAAGUAAAAUAUGGGGACGUUUGCAAUGGUGAAAUCGUUGUUAGCACACCCUCAAGUGGCCACUGGUGAGAGUUCACCACAUGGUCGUUGGAAGUGCUUCAAACCAGGCAAUUUUUUUAGGAUGUGGAAUAAUUUACAAAUGGAGGAACUUGGGGGUAAGAGAGAGAUCGUCGUUUUACGUCGAUAAGCAUGAAUUAUAUUCAUUAUGAUAAAUAAACAGUGCUUUUCUGAACCACAUAAAACAUUCACACAUUCAUUCACACAUUCAAACACCGCGACCCCCGCAGGAUUCCAACGCGUCCUGGAAAACCUGGAUUUUAAAAGCUUGCUUUCCAAACAUGGAAAACAUGGAUAAAUUGAUCAAAUGUCCUGGAAGAGGCCGGAAUUUGCAUUGAAAAUAAUCUGAUUGAUAAUCUUUUUUGCUGUCUUAAUUACUUCCUGUCUUGUUGUCAUACCAGGUAAGUGUGUGGGUUGAGCACCGAGGUCAAAGGGCAGUUGUCUGGUGGAGGUUCCGGGCCUGAUGGCAAAGCGUCUCAAGAGAUACUCAUUUUCAUAAAAUAAGUCAGUGAAUUAAAAACUUCUUUGCAAUACUUUGUCGUAAUCCUUCUUCUGCUGAUGGUAACAAAGCCAUGCUCAUUUGUAAAAAUUGGCGUUAGCUAACGUUAACGUUGUAUUAGCUAACGUGUAGCUAACGUCAACGUAGUCCUGCCAUGGCAGGACUAGGAUGGGCUGAGGUUGGAGCGGGGCCAGCGGUGGUGUUGAGGAGACCCAUGGUGCUCAGGGCGUGGUUGACCCGCUCCACCAGGGCCCCGGCCACCUUCAGCAGUCCCUCGUCCCGGACCAGCGCCCCCUGCUGGUUGUUCUUCCUGCGCCGGACAUGGAACAGCUGGCCGCGCUCUCGGCCGACCUGG